UAUUUUGCACAUUCAACAGUGCGGUCGCACUACGUGUAAAGCUGUGAACUUUGUAACGCUGAAAUAGGCGCGAAGUCAUUGCUGCUGAAAUUGUUUGCAUAUGUAACAGCCAAGCGCAGCACUGCGCUUUAUCACAACCUGGUCACAUUGCGCAAACAUUUAAUGUCGUCUCCUAGAUUACUAAGUCGCAGUAAUUUUGUAUUAUACGCGUCGGGUACAUGGCGCUAUUUAAGCCUGUCAACAGGAGCAAUUACAGCAGCAACAAAAUUAAUCCACAAAUAUUCCAGCAACAAUAUUCCCGCCUUCGGUAAAGAGCAUACGCGUUCAUAUCAGCGUUUUAAAAAGAUGGACACACCGCUGGAUGUCUUUCAAGGGGUGAAGGAUCGUUUUCACGGUGUAACGGUUGAUGGAAAUCAACAGGACAUUGCUGACAAAGCGCAAUUUUGCGAAAAGCUGCACAAAUCUUUGGACUUUUGGCGAGAGAACAAGAAUCGCGCAAUUUGGUUUCACGUUUAUAAAAAGCAGGCGGAUUGGGUUCCCAUUUUGGCUGAUGCAGGAUUCGAUUUUCAUCACGCACGCUCAGGUGUCGUCACCAUGUACAUUUGGUUGCCCAAAGACGAGUCCAACAACUUACCUAGCUAUGCACACACACUGGUUGGCGUUGGUGGCUUAGUGAUAAACGAACGCAAUGAAGUACUUGUCGUGUCUGAUAAACAUGCGAUAGCAAAAAAUAUAUGGAAAUUGCCUGGUGGCUAUGUAGAACCAAAUGAAAAUUUGGUUGAUUCUGCAGUGCGUGAGGUCAUGGAAGAGACGGGCAUACGGACCACAUUCCGCUCGAUGGUUUGUCUGCGACACUCGCAUGGCGGUAACUUCGGAUGUUCCGAUAUUUAUGUGGUCAUUGCCCUCAAUCCAUUAAAUCUGGAACUUACGCGAUGUGAGCGUGAGAUCACUCGUGUAAAGUGGAUGCCACUGGAUGAGUAUUUCUGCCAUCCCGAAGUGCUGGACGCCAGUAGAUUGUUUGUGCGGACCUAUCUGGAUUAUCAAAAGCGUGGCCUCGACUUUACUUGCACUAACAUGAUGCAUGCCCUGCUCAAAAAAGAAUAUCAAUUGUAUUAUGUUAGUCAGGGAAAGGACGGUAACCAACAAGUGCCAAAAGUGUAGUGCAA